AAUCAGUCACAUGAAUCACAACGAAUUGAAACAAUGAAAUUGAUAUAUUUAAUGAGACGAUAGACACAGAUUACUAUGCACUCAUAGUUAUUAGCAGUUAAAACACUCUGUGGUGAUAAUUAAUAUCAUCUAGUUAGAAUAAAGUGCAAUGUCAUUGUCGAGUGAAUCUUGGAGAAGAUUGUUCAUCAUAUGUAACUGUAGUUUUGUGAUAUUUAGCAUAGUUGUGUUGGCAAUCAGCAUCGGUCCACAGGUCACUCUGAAUGGACUCAGUGCAAUUUUAAAUAAUGCCAAACCAUUGGUCUUCCUGAUUGCUAGUAUUGCAGGAGGACUUGGUGUAUUGGCAUCAUGUGUUGGUGUUUGUGGAUACUUGAAGCAACACAGAAUGAUCGUAUAUGUGAAUAUGUUUCUUUUGUGUUUGGUGACACUGAUGGAGAUCGGUGUAGCUGUGAACGUGGCUGCGAAGGAAGACAAGUUCUUUGCGUCAGCUCGUCAGUCUUUGAAUUUAACUGUGAAAUAUUACUUCAAGAACGCCAGAUAUCAGAUGCAGUUCGACGUUUUACAAACGGAAUUUUACUGUUGUGGUGCUAAUUCGUACACGGACUACCCACAAACUGGAUUAGCAAAAGAUAUACCAAUGUCGUGUGAUCGUAAAAAUAUGACUGAUCAGAAAGGAUGUAUAACAAUGUUAAACGACUUUGUACGAAGUUGUCUAAAAAGAUUAAUGUAUGUGUGUUUCAUCUUCGGUUUUAUUCAAGUUAUCUACCUGAUUUCGUCAAUCAUGAGAAUUCGUAAAUUUGAAGAUGGUGAUACUGUAUCCGCCUAACCAUUUAACUGAAAUGGAAUGGAAAUUCAGUAGUUGAUAGUGAAAUAAAUUUUCAGUGAAGUUUAUCAUUGAAUGAUUCGAUGAUGACUUUUAAACUAUUUAAUAUUGAAUGGCUAUUCAAUUGUCAUUUUAUUUUUGAUGGAAAUAAAAAUUAAUUCAUGAAUAA